AUGACACGCGACAACCAAAGUGAACGAUGGCUAGUCAUUGACCCAGAUCCCCGUGUAUUAUCUAAGCUUUGCCUUAGUAUGGGUGUCAAGGGUGUUCAAGUAGAGCAGAUCCAACCGUCUAACCGAGACUUUAUCCGUGAACAAAGGCCAGUACAUGGCGUAAUCCUAUUACUUCAUCAAGUGCCACCAGCUAUUAAUGGAGAAGAAACUUCAAGCAAUGGCAUUUACUUUUCUAAUCAAAUUGUUCGUGAAGGAUAUGCAACUCAUGCAUUGAUAAACAUAUUGAUGAACUGUGGCGAAAUGGUUGACAUUGGAUCUACCUUGAAAGAAUUCAAGGAAUUCACUCGAGAAUUCACUCCAAUCGAAAAAGGGCACAGUUUAUCAAGUAGUCAUGUACUCAGAGAGGCGUCAAACAAUAUUGCAAAGCGACAGGAAAGUAGAGGUGUUUUUCAUGCUAUUACCUAUGUUCAUUAUGGCGGAUUUCUAUGGGAGUUGGAUGGUUGCCGAAAGAGUCCUUCAAGACUAGUUGCUUGUACAGAAACUACAUGGUUAGGCGUAGCCCAGAAUGAAUUGAGACGCAAGGCAGAUAUGCUCUAUCGACAUCAAACUCCAUAUUCGAUGUGGGCUGUGAUAGAGGAUAGACGACAAGUAUAUCAUCGGCAGUUAGUUGGCAAAGCUUACUUGAGACAGGCAGUCGAAAACGAGCUAGAUAGCUUAUAUCCUGCUUGGCGUGUGACUUUGAACAUUAAUCGAUGGGAAGAAGAGUACCAGUACCACAUGGAGCAUAAUGUAAAUCAAGCUGGAAAGGAAUUGGUGAGAGAGCGUGAUUAUUGCCGUGUAUUUGAGGAUCUCCCGGUAGAUGAGCAAAUAUCAAUUCAAACAAGUAUCAAGACAGACGUACGGGGGUGGUCAGAAGCAGAGCUGACUGAUAGGUGGAUGCAAACCCAAGAUGAAUCAUUGAGGCUAUAUGAGCGACUAGGCACAGAAUAUCAAAAGCAUAAAGAAUACCGAGACGACACAGUACGGAGGAAGUACAACUAUGAGCCUUUUAUCGAGGCAUACAUCAAAUGCUUAGCAAAGCAUAAACUGCUUGAUUACAAUCAAGCUCCAUAA